AUGACAACGAAUAUACCGGUGCAAUCGACCGAUGUGUCAGAUUUAUCGUUUUUAUCAAAACCAAUUGGUGAUUUAUUCGGACAUCUACCAGUAAAUCCAGAUAAUUAUUCUCGUUGUUUGUUAUCAGAAGAUCAAAUAGCGUUUUAUAAAGCAAAUGGAUAUUUAACACAAGUACGCGUAUUAACUGAUGAGCAAUGUAAUCGUCUUUUAGAUGAAUAUAAAAAAUUUCUUUUAUGGAAUAAUAAUCAUGAAAAUUCACAUGGAAAGAAUGAUUCACAUCGUUUAGAUUUUCCAGAAAAAAGUCUUCUAUAUGAAUAUCAUUCAAAUCAAAGUAAUGAUCCAAAUAAUGUUGUUACACAUAUGUUAGGUCAUUGGAGAAUAUCACCUUUAUUUCAUGAUUUAAUUUUUAUACCAACUGUAACAGUACCUGCAUCACAAUUACUUGCUGCUUUUCAUCCAUCAAAACAAGUAUUAGUUCCAGUUCAAUUUUGGCAUGAUCAACUUUUUGCUAAACCACCAUAUCAUGGUGGACAAGUUGCUUGGCAUCAAGAUUAUUCAUAUUGGACACGUACUGAACCAAUGCAACAUAUUACAGUACACAUUGCAUUAGAUGAUCAAACAGAAGAAAAUGGUACAGUACAUUAUGUACCAGGUUCUCAUCUUUGGCAUAGAAUUCAAGAUGGUAAAGAAGUUCCAUUACCAAUAACUGAUAUGGAUUUUGCAGAUAUGGCAAGCAUAAAAAAUAUUUUAACAGAUGAAGAAAUGAAAAAAUUUCAACCAUUACCAAGUUUACUUAAACGAGGUCAUGCAUCAUUUCAUCAUCCACUUACUGUACAUGGUUCAUAUCCUAAUCGAACAUCAUCUCCACGUCGUGCAGCUGUGCUCAAUUAUUUUGUUGAAGGUACACGAAGUAAUACUGAUGAACCACUUCUACAUGGAAUACCAAAAAUUGCUCGUGGUGAACUUUUGAAUAGUCGUUUUUUCCCUCUAGUCUUUGAUCCAAAGUGGAUGUAA